GACCACCUCUAUUGAGUGCGACUCAAUUUGACAAUAGAUAACAAAUAAUUUUGGGAUGAGAAAAGAAUUGGUCACAAGCUUAACAAUAGAGUAAAUCUAAACAUGAUAAAAGCGGUAAUAUUAAUUGGUGGCCCCCAGAAAGGCACUCGCUUCCGCCCGCUGUCCCUGGACACGCCGAAGCCGCUGUUUCCAGUUGCCGGGCGACCGUUGAUAGCGCAUCACAUUGAAGCCUGUGUGCAGCUGAAGGAGCUGAAGGAGAUCCUGAUCAUUGGCUUCUACCCGCAAACGCAGAUGGAGGGCUUCGUUAGCGACAUGCAGGCGCUUUACAGCAGCAGCAAUAUCAACAUCAGGUAUCUGCAGGAGUUUACUUCUCUGGGCACCGCUGGCGGCAUGUACCACUUUCGCGAUCAGAUACGCGCCGGCAAUCCGCGCGCCUUCUUUGUGCUCAACGGUGAUGUUUGCGCCGACUUUCCGCUGCAGGAGCUCUACACAUUUCAUACGGAGCGUCCGUCCAGCGCUCUGGUGACCAUAAUGAGCACGGAGGCGACUCGCCAGCAAUCGCUGCACUACGGCUGCCUCGUAUUCGAUCGCGCCAGUGGUGCGGUGUCGCAUUACGUAGAGAAGCCAAGUUCCUAUGUGUCCACGUUCAUUAAUUGCGGCGUCUACGUCUGCUCCAUGGACAUCUUCACGAAGCUGGCGCAAAUCUUUCACGCCAAAGGCGAGGAGUACAGUUGCCUCAGCUAUAACAAUGGCAAUGGCAACGGCAAGGAGCAGGGUCACAUCAAAUGGGAGCAGGAGGUGCUCACACCUCUGGCUGGCACUGAUGAGCUCUUCGCCAUGCCGGUGCCAAAUUGGUGGUCACAGCUGAAGACAGCUGGUUCGGCCAUCUAUGCUAAUCGCCAUUACCUGGCCCUCUAUCGGCGUACACAUCCCGAACGUCUGGCUAAUGUGGGUCAGAAACGUGGCGACGGUGAUGGCAACUUGAUCUGCAGCGUCUACCCCGAUGUCUAUGUGCAUCCCUCGGCCACAGUACAUCCUACAGCAGUACUCGGUCCCAAUGUGGCCAUAGGUCCUGGUGUCCAAAUUGGGCCUGGAGUCCGCAUCCGGGAAUCGAUUGUGCUGGAGCAGGCGCAGAUCAAGGAUCACACGCUAAUACUGCACUCGAUUGUCGGACGUGGCUGCAUCAUUGGCGCCUGGACUCGAGUCGAAGGCACGCCCAGUGAUCCCGAUCCCAACAAACCCUUUGCCAAAAUGGAGAAUCCACCGCUGUUCAACAACGAAGGAAAGCUGAAUCCAUCGAUAACCAUUUUGGGCUGCUUUGUGCAGAUUCCCGCCGAGAAGAUUCUGUUGAAUAGCAUCGUCCUGCCGCACAAGGAAUUGAGUCGCAGUUUUAAAAACGAAAUAAUCUUGUAAUAGAUUUCUUUAAGAAAUUCUCAAUCAACAAUCAGUAUGCUAUAAAUUUUAUUUAACUGCAAUUAUUUUGUAAUGCAAUACUACUUAAAAAGUCUAAUAAAUGUAUUUGCCAGAUUUACUUUA